UUCCGACUAGUUUGUGAACGCGGCAUUUUCUUCACACGUCAUCACUAAAACACACACUGAUGUAAUCAAACAGAGACUUGGAUUGGAUAGAGGUCCGCGCACCAAGCUAAUUAAUUAUUUGACAUGAGUUUUCAAACUAUCGUUCCAGAUAGGAACACCGAAAAUGCGAAUGGAAUCAGAAUAAGUAGCUAGCUAGCUAUUUAUGCUACACGCAUAGGAUUUGCUCUCGACGAACGGCCUUUAGUUCUGUAUGGAACUGCAGAAUGUGCCUUACACACACCAGUCACCAUGAGAUUACCAAAGUUGGCCAGUGUUUUUGUCUUCUUGGGCUGCCUGGCAGCUUACCUGAUGUUUGUUAAGCGCCACUAUGAUGGUGUAAGGCCAGCCAUCUCCAAAAUACCACCUCACUUCCCACACAGAUUGGGCUUGUUGGGCAGUCCCAACAGACCAACAUCCUCAGAAGUGGUCAGCGGACGUUUCCAAUAUGGCGUUAUGUUUGAUGCUGGGAGCACAGGGACAAGGAUCCAUGUCUUCAAGUUUCAACUGGAGGACAACGAGGCUCCUAAAUUGGCACAUGAAACAUUCAGAGCAAUAAAACCAGGUCUAUCUGCAUAUGCCGAUGACCCAGAAAAGUGUAAAGAAGGGAUCCUGGAGCUGUUGGCUGUGGCCCAAGGCAGCAUUCCCUCCUCCGUAUGGAGCAGCACUCCUCUGGUCCUCAAGGCCACUGCAGGCCUCCGUCUUUUGCCUGGGGAGAAGGCCACACACCUACUGGACAGGGUGAGGGAGGUGUUUGGGGAGUCUCCAUUCCUGUCCAGAGGGGACAGUGUGUCCAUAAUGGAUGGCACUGAUGAAGGGAUCUCUGCUUGGAUCACUGUCAACUUCCUCAUAGGGGGUCUCCAUGGCUCUGACACACCCACUGUGGGGAUGCUGGAUCUGGGAGGGGGGUCCACCCAGAUCACCUUCUCCCCCCAGGAUGAGAAAACCAUCCAGACCUCACCCAUCAACUACAUUACAUCAUUUCAGAUGUUCAACAGCACCCACACACUCUACUCACACAGCUACCUUGGUCUAGGCUUGAUGUCGGCAAGACUAGCUAUCUUGGGAGGAAUCGAGGGACAGCCUUUAGAGGGCAGCAGCACAGAGCUAGUAAGCCCCUGCUUGGCCCCGGAAUACUCUGGCCAAUGGGAACAUGCAGAAGUUCUGUAUACUGUGAAGGGCCAGAAGGCAGGAGAGCCCAUGUAUGAGUCAUGCCUUAGGAAAGUGGAGAAGAUGCUGUAUAGAAAGGUGAAGAAGGCAGGGGAAGCCAAAGAUAUGGAAUUCUAUGCCUUUUCCUACUACUAUGACAGAGCUGUGGAUCUGGGUGCUAUUGAUGAGAAAACAGGAGGGACUAUAAAAGUCAGCGACUACAUUGAUGCUGCCAAGAGAGUGUGCAACGGAAUGGCGGUUACUUCAGGAGAGAAUCCUUUCCUUUGUCUGGAUCUAACCUACAUCUCUGGGAUGCUGCAAGAGCUUGGUUUCCCCAAAGAUAAAGUAUUUAAGCUGGCGAGGAAGAUUGACGAAGUGGAGACUAGCUGGGCUCUGGGGGCUACUUUCCACUACAUCGAGUCCCUCCGCAGUCAGUGAGCUGCCAGUCUCUCCUCUCACUUGUCACUGCCAUGAAGUGCCAGUGAUUCUGUACUGCAAAUAUGUUCUGGGAAAAUGAUGAUUGUACCUGUUAAGUUUUAUCAAAAUGUGAGUUUAUAUUACCAGUCGCCUUUGGAUGUUUGACUUGACUUUUGGCAGGUGUGAUUGUUUUGUACUUAAAGGAAUGUUAGUUGUAUAGUAAUCAAGCACAUGGUGUAUUUUGAAGGAGCAUGACCUAUUACAUAUUUGGUAUUUUUAAAUAUAAAGUUGCUAAAAUUUUAAUGUCUGUACAAUUGUAUACGGUUCAGAAUCAUGAACAAAAAUAUUGAAGGCAUAUGUAUUUUGAAUGAUAAAACAAAUUGAAACAA